CCUGCCUUCAACCCAGUGCUAUACACAGCACAACAACAGCUUUUAUUCAUGGGCUCUCUCAGAGAAGAAAUGAUUCGGCAACAACUCAAGCAAGAGGAAUUUGCCAAACCUGGCUUGCCCCGACCAGAAGACCUGCUGACCUCUCAGGCUAAAAAUAGCAUUAUGCAUCUCAUCGGCCAGAAGCACCUGCUGGCGCCUAAAAACGUCUGUGAUUCCAAGACACCUGUCCUCCAUCUGUCAGCCACACAGGGAGGGGAAGAGGAGGAAGUGGAGGUGAUGGUGGGUCGGCUUAUGCCAGAGUCUGCCAUGCUGCCCACGCCGGGCCAGGAGGGCCCUGCCACCCAAAGGGACUCCUUGCUCCUGGUCAGGUCCAGGUCUCCCCUGCCUGGCUCGUCCCAGGAGAAGGAGGGGAAGAACCUGCCCCCGCGGCGGCCUCUGAAGCUGGCACCUCUGGAGCUGCCCAGGGAGGUACAGAAGGCACAGAGACAGAAGAUUAAGCGGAUUGGGCUGGAGGCCAAGGCUGCUGCCCAUAAGCUGGACACGACGGUGGGCGACCAACCCUGCUCCAGGAAGGUGAAGGACUGUGGGGUGAGAGGAGAGGGACUAGGACUGGUUAAAGGUACGGCAGAGUGUGUCUCCACCCCAGCCCCACAUCCCUUACCUCUGAAUGAAACAGUACCCAGGGUCCAGCGACAUCAGAAGGUUAGGAGAGCGCAGCUAGCCCGUGCCAACCAAAUCCAGAGACAGACAGGAGACAGGCUCUCGGAAGAUGCUGGUAUUAACGUUAACGGCCCUCCUCCUCCCCCUAUCAGCAAACCAGCCUCUCCCUCUUCCUCUCUCCCCACCAGCGCCAAAGCUCAGGUCCAGCAGGUGGUAGCACCACAUGGCGAGGAGAGCUCAUGCCAAGUGGCCGGCACAUUCCAGCAGGAUACCGGUGGGAGGAGGCUGCGUCUCAGGAGGGCAGAGCACCUCGAAGAAGAUCAGAGCAAAUCUAACAUGUCAACAGUAGGAUUACCUGGGGAAGAGGCCAAGCUGGCCCAAGGUGUCCAGCAAGGAAAAGCCCUGAGGGCAGAGAAUACAGAGGAGGCUCUGAGAAAGCCCUGAAGCAGGCCAGUCACAUACUGGAGAAGGCUUCCAGGAAGAACGCCAGGCCGGAAUCACCGUAGAAUCCGCUGAAAGUGUCCGGAAAGGUAACCCGGAGAACGGCAGAGAGAAAUCGCCAGGACGCUGUCCUUUGACCUCUGACCCCUGAUCUUUGACCUCUUAACCCCUGACUCCCUUUGACCAGACCAGGAAGUAGCGAAAACAGACUUGACAGUGUUAAGUCAUGUGUUUACAUGUGCUUAUCACCUGGAGAUUAAGGAUAGAAAAGCCCCUGCAUCUUACUUCACACAGCAUCUGCUAUUCAAAGCAACAAGCCAGUUACAAUGCCAAGUCCCUGGCAGGCAGUAUGUACAGUAUACUGUACAGAGGAUAAAUAUAGAAGUAUAUUAUGGACCAAAAACACAUGUAUUUAUUAUUUUAUAAAAAGAUGAUGCUCGUAAUACAUUACAUUUAACCAUUGUAGAUAUCCUGACAUAGGCUAUUCAAUGUCAUAUUUUGGAUGAAAUAUGUCUGCACAUGCAGGUGACAUAACCAUAUUUGAGCGUCCCAGUAGCUUGGUAAAGCUAUGUGAAACUGACCUGCAUUCAGGGAUUAUUAUCAAGGUCUCAUCAGAUGGAUACAUUGGCUUCAUCUAUGACCACUGUUAACAGCUCCAUCUAGUCCAUAACAAUGGCAUCGAGUAGCAACAGAGCUCACAAACAGAGCCGCAGCAGUAAUCGUGUGUUAAGAUUGGCAACAGCAAAUAAAGAGAUUUGAAAUAUGCCUUCUUUUCUGAAAAAAGAAGGCCCUCACUUUGGGUACUGUGUAUUUAGGCCUUCAGUUCAUUCUAUCAUCUUUCUGCACCUUAGCUACUUCGUCAGGCGUGCAGUAGAUUCCUGUAGUACAUGCAAUCUCAGAAGAAUGUCUUUAAUCAAUGUUUUUCCUCCAAUCAGCAUGCAGUACAGCUCUACGUGUGUUUGGUAACAGAACAACGGCCAUCCCUCACUGUAACAAGUGAAACACUCACAGAGACGAUGUUACUCUAGUCUAGACAUCCACGUUUUGAGGUGACCCAUUUGUUUUCAAUUUAUUCCCUAAAUCUAGAAUGGAUGUAGACAUUCCAGACAGUAGUUAUGGGAAUGUGAUUUAGGUAAUGUAAUGUAUGUUUAUCAUAGAGAAAAGAAGUCUCCUGAAACAUGUGUGAGAUUUCAAGUACAAUUGUUUUCGCAGGUAUGUCAAAAUGAACUGACAGUGAGAAAACACAUCCAAAACCAUAUCACAACCAUUCUACAUCCGAGCAAGUGAGUCGUAUUAGGCAAGUCUCUCAUUGACAGACUUGCAACACAAGAGGCUUCUAACACACUACUUUUUGCCUUGAGUCCCGCUGCAUUCUGACAGUGAAUUCAUAAAUUGUUUGAAUAUAUAUGUGAACCCUGCGGGAAUUGAACCUACGACCAAAACCCUCAAUGAGUCAGUCUGACACCAGUAGCACAGCAAUGUCCAUCUGCCCCAGACCAUGACACGACCACCAGACUUCCUGACCGUUUCACACCACGUAGUUAGGCUGGCCUAUACUCACUUUCCCUGAUUGACUGACUGCAAAGUUAAUCACAAAUAGGAUCUCAGAAUGUAUAGCCAUUAUGUCCAAUGUAUGUAUUUGUCAAUGACGUACAA